AUGAGUAAUCCAUCGGAACAGCAUCGUGAUGCUCAUCCAACGGGUCGUCGCUCAUACUUCAACGAUGUGGAUUUUAUGUCAUUCAACGAAACAGUCAGACGAAUGUUUGAAAGUUUAUUCCACGGCUUAGAGCAACAAUACCGGCAAUUGGGAAUGGGCUGGAGUGGUCCAUCAACGGAUGUGAUACCAUUUCAAUAUAAUUUUGGUAGUUCAGUUGGACAGGUUGUCAACGAUACAGAAAAAUUUGUUAUGGAAAUGGAUGUGUCACAGUUUCAUCCGGGAGAUUUGAAAGUCAGUGUACGUCGCGGUGAACUUUCAAUUGAAGGACAUCAAAAGCAGCAACGUGAUCAGCAUGGCUUCAUUGAACGACACUUCGUCCGUCGACUCACAUUGCCCGAUGAUGUCGAUGAUGUUACAUUGACUUCUCAUUUGAAGGAUAAUGGUAUUCUAGAGAUAAGUGCUCGAAAGAAGAAUGUUGCACCACUAACUCCAACACGAAAUAUUCCAAUUCAAACGCAUAACAUCAAUCGACAACCUUCAAAAUCAUCAAGACGUAAUGAUUCGAACGAAAGUCGUACAGGAACAAGUAAUCACUGA